AUGCGCAAAGCUCAUCACAGGCUGAUCGAUUGGAUAAUCAUCGAGGUAUUUCUUAACCGUGCACGGCAUCCUCUCGCCACAGAUGGACGUCUCAGGGCAUGCAUCAAGCGUCUGCACCGCUACAGAGUAAGAAGCGAACCUGCUGAGAGCGAUUCGGAAUUGAGCACGACCCACGCUUCUGACAGCCAGCGCGACCUUGCGUAUGCUGACAGCACUGAACAAUAUCGCCGUGGAAGGUUGAAUUAUCAAGAGGAUAGACCCAGGGUGCCAGAUGACUCCCGGACAGGACCUCGGCUCUCUCGACCCUUGGUGCUCCGCGGCGGCUCGGAUAAUGAAGAUCCGGCAGAUUUACUGCUGUCGCAGCGAGAGCAGCCAAGGCGCAGUUUUGCUACGCAAGCAACUGCGUUCCUACGGCGGUCGAGCAGCGCCAUUGUUGCCCGCGCUCGUAGUCUCGCAGAACUCGAGACCUGGCGAAAUGCGUACAGGCGCAUCAGCGACCCUGCAACAUACCGCAGGAUCCUGAGACGGCUAAGCGACUUGCUGCUUCGUCGCCGCGAUUCAGUGAUCGAGAAUGAUGAUAAUGAUCCGGUUGAUAGCAGAGCGUACGGGACUUUCGAUGGCUCUGCCUCACCUCUACUCUCCGGCGCGCGCAAUCAACACUUUACCCAAGGCUUUGGCUUCGGCGAGGAUGAACAAAUACACCCACGACGUUCGCGUCGUCAAGAGUCCAAUGUGCCUCCGGACGUCGUGCCAACCCCACGUGCCACGCCGCCCAUUCCCAUGCCACCGGGCCCUCCCAACCCCAGGCGGGGCACCAUACCACCUUUUCUAGUUCCGGGCACGCCCCCGAACACCGUCGAUCCUGCUCAUGUUCCAAGCAGCGAUGACCUGCCGAGCCUCUCAGGCGUGAACGAGCCUGUGAAUCCGCCACCCCAACGUCUCGAAUCGCUAGGCCAAUUGGGAGUACCUCCACCACCUUCAUCGUCUCCAAGACCAGCCGAGCCACUUGCAGGCCCUUCGCACCUCCCGCCCCUGCCUGAAUUGCGCCCUACUGAUGUCAGAGCCGUUCGUGAACAUCGUGAGGGCCUCACGCGUGCUGACAGUCGAGGUCGACUCCUAGCCGUGAACUCGGAUACCCUAACCGGGACUGCUCAGGGCCACGAUGACGUUGGACGUUUCAUGCGCAAGCGACGCGAAGGGGAAGCCGCCACCCCGUCUCCAGUGGUAGGCGGCUGCGAGACGCGUACUCCUGCGCCACCUGCAGGCGCUCCCACUGAUGAUGGCAUCCAUCAAGGCGAACUACCUGACAACUGGCUUGAAAUGGAAAGAAGACGAACCCGUGAGCGGCGGGAAGCGGAGGCAGAAGCUCGCCUGCGAGCCGCCGCUCGCACUGCACCGAACCAAGAGACCCCUCAACGCCCUGAUUCAACUACAUCAUCUUGGCUUACGGACGAUGAGGUCGAUUCGAACGAGAUCGCUGUCCGCUCGUCGUCGAGUGACGGCGUAUGGUUUCCCUUCACUGCUGCUGCUGCUGCUGCCGCCGCUAGGAAUGCCAGGGUCGCUGCGGGAUCUGCACCGGGGGCACUUCAGCCAGGAAGGGAACCUUCUCCUAUUUCGGAUGACGAGGCUGCUGUGACUUCCGCAUCGGAGGACAGUGCAGAUGAUGCUGAUUAUAUGAGUUUGGAGGACGCACGACAAUUGUGAGGUUGUUUGCACAUUUUACUCUCCCUGUAGGGAAGGACCACCG